GGCCGACUCGCGGCUCCCAUAGGCCCGGCUGCGAGCAUCGCCGCCAGACGGCCAGCACGCAGACCUCACCACUCCAGGCCGCGCAUUAAGCGUGCCGCAGAUAGAGCGUCCCCGCUGCGGCCGGCGUGCAGCGCGCCCAUGCAUUGCCCCUGUCGCGCGCCUCGACGAUCUGCAUCACUUCCAUCAUAGCAGCCGAAAUAUAAUCUCGCCCAACAACACCCGCGCAGACCCUCGCGCACCUGCGACCAGACCUCGCCCGCCGAACCACACUUCGCGCCAGACGCGCCCACCCUCGACCACACUUGCACCCCUCGCGCUAGCACCGCCGCUGGAUGUAGCUGCAUUAAAGCCACCGCAGCCAUGGCCGAAGGCGCGCAGCACACGCCUGCCAGACCGAUCCCCAUCGCCCGCGCCCCUGCGCCCAUGAGUGCCAGCACGCCUGCGCCCACGAAGCUCACCACGCCCAUGAGUGUCACCACGCCCAUGAAGCUCAGCAUGCCCAUGCCCACCACCCCCGCCCAGCCGCGCCUCUCUACCAUCCAGACCCAGGCCCAGACCGCCAACAUCAUGUCGCCCGUCAACCAGAACGGCUGCUUCGAGUUCGACCGCAUCAUCAAGGCCGGCUCUGUGCUGAAGCGCACACGCAAGACUAGGCAAUGGAAGCCCAUCUACAUCGUCCUGCGCCCCAACUGCCUGUCGCUGUACAAGGACAAGGCCGAGACCAAGCUGCGCCACCAGAUCAACCUGUCCGAGAUCACUGCCGUGGCGCGCCAGAAGGACUCCAAGAAGAAGAUGGACCACGUCUUCGGCAUCUUCUCGCCCGCUCGCAACUACCACCUCGGCGCCACCACCGACCGCGACGCCCAGGACUGGGUUGACCUCAUCCGUGCAGAGGCCCGCAUCGACGAGGAGGAGGGCGAGUUGAUCUUGCUCAGUCCCACCGGCACCAAGACCUUCACCGGCUUCGACCGCUCGCCCCGCGCCCACUCCCACACCCUCUCCUCGUCCUCUGAGGCCGAGCCAGCGCCCCCCAGCUCUCUGUCGCCCGGCUCUGUGCCCUCUACUUCUCUGCCCUCCAGCUCUCUGCCGUCCAAUUCUCUACCCUCCACCUCGCUCCCCGUCGGCUCGCCCCCGGCUAGCGCCGUGUCACGCGACACCCAGCCGGUGCCCAUGCGCAGCGCGCGCCGGCCCUCGCAGGCCCUCAACUACUCUGGCAACGAGCACGGCUCCGUCUCCGACUUCGACUUCUCCGACUCUGCAGCCCCUGCGUCCUCGACCUCGCUCCCUUAUUCCAAAUCAAACACGCGCAAUCCAGUCCCACGCAACCGCAAUGUCAGCCAGACCUCGAAUUUGAACAGCCCUCCUUCCACCUCCGAGUCUGACCCCGACCGUGUCGUCUUCCACGGGUGGCUGUACGUGCUCAAGUCAAAGGGUGGUGUGCGCCAGUGGAAGAAGGUUUGGGUUGUCCUCCGUCCGAGGUGUCUCGCCUUCUACAAGAACGCCGAAGAGUACUCCGCCCAUCUGAUCAUCCCAUUCGAGAGCAUCAUCGAUGCCGUGGACAUCGACGGCGUCAGCAAGAGCAAGCAGUACUGCAUGCAGGUCAUUUCCGAGGAGAAGAACUUCCGUUUCUGCGCGAAGAGCGAGAACGAACUGGCGAAAUGGCUGGGCUCGUUCAAGAGCCUGCUUGUGAGGAGGAGAGAGGGCGAAGGCAAGCGGACUGCACAGAGCCAGGCACCACCACCCGUCCUGACAACAACCGCGGCCACGCCCACACUACCCCAAACGCCUGUCCUCCAGCAGAAGCGCGUCUCGAUAGCAGAGUCCACCACAACAAUCCCAACAAUGCAGCCCAUGGCCAUCAAAUGACCCCGGUCGUGCGGUACCUCGCUGCCAAAGCCGGAUCUCGGCCGAACCGCGUCUGUACAUACCCUGUAUUCUCCGUCUCCUUUGUCACCUUAACACCCGCGCCCCGCGCCCUUUCCUUCCUCGUCUCACUGGUCACCCACGAGUCAUGACUAUCUGGCCUGGCGCCCCCUUGACGGGCGGGCUCCUUAGCAUCCCUUGUUGGAUAGCUGCAUUUACUUCACUUUGUCUUGUUGCCGGCUGAUAUGCGCUUGUAUAGUAGCUGUUUGUAGUACUUUUGUAAUCUUGCCCGCGCUGGCGCCGGCGCGGGCUGUGAGAGUGUGGUGGGGCGAGUUUGUACCCAUCGCAGAAUGUGACAGGAUUCUUCAUCGA